GAGCUCAAAGACCGUUAUAUCAACAUGGCAUCCAUACACAAAACAAAUGGUGAGCACGGACAAGUACGUGCUUUUCCAAUUGCUAAGUCAUUGCCGUGUACGACGGUCAAAUUUAAUUCGGCCUACAAAAGCUAGCACCAACUUCCCCGUUCCACCAUCUGUGGUAGCAUGGCUCACCACCGUGUCCUGUCCGUGGCCAUCGUCGCCGUCGCACUGCUGGCUUCCCCCGCCGCGGCAGUAUACCCAUGGACAAUUUGCGGCCGCAGCACCUACACGGCCAAGAGCCAGUACCUGGCCAACAUCAACCGCAUCGGAGCCACGCUUCCGAGGAACGCCUCCCGGUCGCCGGACCUGUUCGCCACCGCCCUGGUCGGCGCCGUUCCGCAGCAAGUCUGGGCCCUGGCACUCUGCCGCGGCGACGCCAACGCCUCCUACUGCCUCACCUGCCUCGACCAGGCCUUCCAGGACCUGCCCAACGCGUGCCCCUACAGCAGGGACAGCACCAUCUACUACGACUCCUGCGUGCUCCACUACUCCAACAUCCGGUCCCGCCCCGACGACGACACCACCUACAACCCGACGAUCCCGCUCCGCAACAACGUCAACGCCACGGCGGAGCCGGCCCGGUUCCAGCGCGUCGUGGCCGCGCUCUUGAACGCCACCGUGAGCUACGCCGUCACCAACUCCACGCGGCUGUAUGCGUCCGGGGAGGCCGACUUCGACCAGGAGCUCCCCAAGGUGUACGCCUGGGCGCAGUGCACGCCUGACCUGACGCCGGCGCGGUGCCGGGACUGCCUCACCGUGAACAUCAAGACAUGGGAGCCUGUGUUCACGGACGCUAUUGGAGCCAGGAUUCUUGGGAUGAGGUGCAGCUACCGCUACGAAACAACGCCCUUCUUUAAUGGCCCGGUGAUGGUGCGGCUGGCAGGAACGUCGGCCAGCUCGGGCGCACCGGCGUCGGCGCCGGCUGUGGUGCCCAACGUUUUGACGCCACAAGCGGCGGCGGCCGGAGAAGGGAGAAAGUACAGUGUUCCUGGCAUGGUUCUCAUAGUUCUUCUUCCUAGCGCAGCAGCCAUAAACCUUGUCCUCUGCUUCCUUCUCUGGAGGAGGCGGCGCCCACUGGCAGAAGCAAACCAGUCAUAUGGACGUUAUUCUGCCGAAGCCAAGGACAUUGAAAGUGUGGACUCGAUGUUGAUCGACAUCUCAACUUUACGAGCUGCAACCGGGGAUUUUGCGGAAGCCAACAAGCUUGGCGAAGGCGGAUUCGGUGCGGUGUACAAGGGUACUCUCCCGGACGGCGAAGAAAUAGCAGUGAAGAGGCUGUCCAAGAGCUCAACACAAGGAGUGGAGGAGCUGAAGAAUGAGCUCGCCUUGGUUGCCAAGCUUAAGCACAAGAACCUGGUCAGGCUUGUCGGCGUCUGCCUGGAGCAGCAGGAGAGGCUGCUCGUCUAUGAGUUCGUCCCGAACCGGAGCCUCGAUAAGAUUCUAUUCGUUGCUGAACAUGUCGUAGACACGGAGAAGCGCGAGCAGCUCGACUGGGGAAAGAGGUACAAGAUCAUAAACGGGAUUGCUCGAGGCCUGCAGUACCUCCACGAAGACUCCCAGCUCAAAGUCGUCCACCGUGACCUCAAAGCCAGCAACAUCUUGCUUGACACCAACAUGAACCCCAAGAUCUCGGACUUCGGCCUCGCCAGGCUCUUCGGGCGAGACCAGACGCAGGCCGUCACCAGCCGUGUCAUCGGAACAUACGGGUACAUGGCGCCGGAGUACGUGAUGCGCGGGAACUACUCCGUGAAGUCGGACGCGUUCAGCUUCGGGGUCAUGGUGCUGGAGAUCGUGACGGGGAGGAAGAACAACGACUGCUACAAGUCCCAGCAGUCUGAAGAUCUCUUGACUACGAUAUGGGAGCACUGGACGGCCGGAACAGUGUUGACUACGGUGGACCCGAGCAUCAGCAGCAGCUUCUCGGAGAGCGACGUCCGGAGGUGCGUCCACGUAGGGCUUCUGUGCGUUCAGGGGAACCCGGCGGAUCGGCCGGUGAUGUCGUCGGUGGUCAUGAUGCUCGGAGGCGAAACCGUCUCUCUCAGUGCCCCGUCCAAGCCGGCGUUCUAUGCGAGGAACGCCGAUGCCGAUCACCCGGUCAUCUCGUCCACUGUCUCCGUGCAGGAUGGUCCUGGAGUGUCUAUUUAACAAGUUCAGUUGCAGAUUGAUUCAUGCCUCACGCCUAAAGGCAUAUAUAAAGGGAUCUAUUUUUUAAGAGAGGUCACUCUGCAUAAGUGAUACACAUUCUGUAAGAUGGUUUCACUGCAAGAUGGAGAGAUGUCGUUCAAGGCAAGGUUGCUCUACUGCAACACUAUUUUUCCAGAAAGGAGGAUAAUUCCUAGCCUCUGCAUCGAGCGAUGCACAAAACCAUUUUUAUUAUAUUAUUCAAUAGAGUCUGACA